AUUAAACGUCAAAUUCAUUUACUUGCCGGAUCGAUAUUGUUAAUCGCUAUUAUAAUAUAGAAAACAAGUGUUACAAUUUAGAGUUAACUUUACUGUGAGAUAUUUGUGUUCAUAGCAAACAUGUCGCUAAAAGCCGCAAAGGUUCAAUUAAAGACCCGUUAUUUAAUGUUAACGGAUUAUGCUGGCACAAUUGAGGUACGACCAGGCACGAUCGCCGCGACCGUAGCAAGGAGGCAUUUCCGAGAAGCCUACAAAACGUAUGUUUCGGCAUACGAGUCAUUGGUGGCGAGUGAUUCGGAACUUGCAGAGGAGGAAAGACUACUGUACCAGCAGCAAUUUAGCGAGGUAAAUCGACUCCUCAUUCAAUUGGAUGAGGCAUCAGAGGAAGAGGAGUCCGGGAGGCCCUCAACCUCAAAACAUCAAGGUAAGGUCAAACUUCCGUUAGUUCAAUUGCCUACAUUUUCAGGCUGCCUAGCUGAAUGGCUGUCAUUCUAUGACUUAUUUAUGUCCCUUGUUGAUGCGGGACCGCUUUCCGACGCGGAAAAACACUAUUAUUUAAGGACGUCGUUAAAUAGUGAGGCACUAUCGAUUGUUCAACAUUUGCCUAUGGAUGGCGACAACUAUACAGUUGCCCUGGACCUCCUAAAGCAAAGGUAUCACAACAGCAGGCAGCUGGUAGACACCUUUAUAGGACAGAUCCUAAACCUGCCCAACGUGGGAGGCCCCAGUGUCAAUUUAAGAACCCAGUUUUAUGAUCCUCUCAGAGAGGCCAUCCAGGCGCUUAGGAAACUGAAGCAACCUGUCGAUGAAUGGUCGUAUUUAUUACUGCAUUUAAUUUUACAGAAGUUGCCCCUGCGCGUAAAGACGCUCUUUGAGGAGCGGCACGGGACAGAUCCGCAAGUGCUACCGACCCUUACCCAGCUAGUGUCGCUACUAGAUGAACAAUGCCGGGUGCAGCAGGCGAUCUCCCCUGCAGCAGUGGAACGAACUCCUGCGGCACGCCGGUCACCCACUGCUAGAGGUCGAGGCGGCGCAGCGCCGGCUCACCACCUGGCAGCCCCCCGGGUCCUGGCAGCACAACCGGAACCCAAUGAUCAGGCAUGUCGGUUGAGGAACCAGCAGCUGCAAAGGCUGUGCACCGAGUGCAAGAUCAGCCACCGGCUCAGUCAGCCUCGUGGAGGCGAUCACCACCGCAGCGGCGGUCACCACCUCGACCGGCCCCGCCACAGGAGAGAGGGCCGCAGCAGGCCCACUCAUCACAAUCAUGCUCACCACUACCGUGGGGUGUGGAGGAAGCUAGGACUCCCUCCCUAUCAAACCAGACACCUCUUUUGGUGGCUGCUGGUCACGUUCCACGCCUGCCGGUUGGAGCGAGGGCCCGCCAGGCGCAGGAGACCUUCCACUCCUUGCGCUUUGGCACUCGACGCAGCCCUGAGCCCCGGCAAUGAAAUGAUCUCACUGUUGGUGAACCAGAGGCACGGUGGAUGACGCCAUCCAUCCGUGUCAGUCCUACAGCCAUUGUUCUUGUUAGAUCAGGUAAUGGUACUUACGUUAAGGCUAGAUCUUUGCUGGAUACCGGCGCGGCUUGCUCCAUAGUAAAGAAAUCAUUUGCAGAUGAAGUAGGUUUGCACCAACAGUUUAAUGGUACUAAUAUAUUUGGAAUCGGUGAUCAAAAGGUCAAUGUCCCCGGGACAAUAGCAAAGGUAGUAUUCAGGCCGGUAGGAAAAAUAGUUCCGAUAAUUAGCGUUAUAGCUACAGUUAUGUAUACAGUUACUGGGAAUAUUCCAUAUGUAAAUGCAUACCUCAAGGGUCACUUAGAUGCGACGCAGCUCAAGUUGGCAGACCCAAAGUUUGAUGUAUCUCAAGAUGUAGAUAUCAUUUUUGGACUGGAUAUACUCAAUUAUAUAUAUACAGGCUCAAAGAUUCUCACUAACAUUCCAGGUGUGGAGGCCUAUGGAACGUGCUUUGGCCAUGUACUGAUGGGUGCUUUGUGGAAGCAUCCCGCUGACAUCUCAACGAAGCAGCUGAGAGGGACGUCCGUAGAGGACUAUGGAGUCCAUGCGACACGCCUCGAGGAGGUACUUGAGAAGUUCUGGAAGGUCGAGCAGCCUCCAGAGGAUCCGGUGGAGCAUCCGGAGCAUGUCGAAUGUGAAAGGUUGUAUACCUCCAAUACUACACGUAUGCCUGACGGCAAAUACAUGGUACGGCUGCCCUUAUUGACAGACAGACCCGCACUCGGUGAGUCGAGGGCCAUUGCCGCACGCAGGUUUUAUUCAUUAGAGGCGAAGCUAGCCAAGAAUCCAGUCUUUGCUGAGAAAUACAGGGAUUUCAUGCGAGAAUAUGAGUCAUUAGGACAUAUGUCGAAAUCAAACUAUCAAUUUGAUUCAGAACACUUUAUAAUUCCACAUCAUGGUAUUUUUAAGAGGGAUUCUGAUAAGCUCAGAGUGGUAUUCAAUGGGGCAUCUCAAAGUAGCAAUGGAAUAUCUGUAAAUCAGUGUCUUCACUCAGGAAAGCCGCUCCAGAAUGAUAUUACCAAGAUAUUGUUGAAUUUCAGACGACAUCAGUUUGUCUUCACGGCCGACAUCCGCAUGAUGUUCAGGCAGACGUGGAUACACCCCGACGAUAGGCGCUAUCAGCUGAUCCUGUGGCGUGAGGAUCCGUCGCAGGACCUACAGGUAUAUGAGUUAAAUACUAAUACCUACGGGCUACGGUCAAGCCCCUUUGUCGCAAUAAGGACGCUAAUACAAUUAGCCAAUGAUUGGCAAGCUCAGCAUCCAGGCUCCCCAGCUGCAGACGUCGUGCGACGGCAGGUAUAUGUUGAUGACGUACUGGCGGGAGCAGAGUCAAUUGCGGAGGCCCAGCAGCUAAAAUCGGAGCUCACAGAUCUCAUGAGCAGUGCUGGGUAUGAACUUAGAAAAUGGUCGUCCAACUGUCGCGAGUUACUGCAGGACCUACCACAGGAAUAUUGUGAGAUACCUCAUCAAUUCGACGCAGAAGAUAAGAGCCUCAUAAAGGUAUUAGGCAUCCAAUGGAACCCGAUAAACGACACAAUGUCAUAUCAAAUCAACGUACCCCUAGGGCAAGCGAUAACCAAGCGAAGCGUGUUAAGUACUAUCGCUCGAUUAUAUGAUCCUUGCGGAUACUGUGCUCCCAUCGUCUACAGAUUCAAACUGUUUAUGCAAUCACUUUUUUCAGAUGGAAUGACGUGGGAUGAACCCCUCACGGAGGUUCAAGAAAGUCAAUGGAACGAAAUGGUUCAGGAUUUAAACCAUUUGUCUCACUUACAGAUCUCUCGAUGCGUCGCGCUACCGGGAUCGGUAUCAUAUUCACUCCACGGUUUUGGAGAUGCGUCUGAGAUGGGCUACGGAGCGUGCGUAUACCUCCGGACAGCAGACGCCGCUGGAAACGUCAUGGUACCAAGGCAGUGCAUCUAGAGCUCGUCUCGUCGCUGAGCACCGAGGCUUUCAUCGCUGCGUUCACACGGUUUGUCAGUCGACGAGGGCUGCCCUCCCUCGUCCGUAGUGAUCAAGGUACGAAUUUUAAAGGUGCUAGCUCAUACCUCCGUGAGGUUAAUCAGUUCUUACUUGACCAUGAAACCGUCCUGGCGGAUGAGUUUCGUCGUCAAGACGUGCGCUGGGAAUUCAACCCUCCAGGCGCUGCCCACAUGUCUGGAUUAGUCGAAGCGGCCGUAAAGAGUAGUAAGAAUCUGCUUAAACGGGAAAUAGGAGAUCGGAUCCUAACCUUUGAAUUACUGUAUACGGCCUUCUGUCGGAUAGAAGCGGUUCUUAAUUCUCGAGCGCUGGUUCCAAUGUCAGAGGAUCCUUGUGACCUGGAAAUUCUCAGUCCAGGUCAUUUUUUGAUUGGUCAGCCGUUAGUUUCAUUACCUGAACCUUCGUGGAAGGACACAAAUAUGUCACGGUUAUCACAUUUCCAAUUUGUACAAGCUAUAACUCAGAAAUUUUGGGCUAAAUAUUAUUUUGAGUAUUUGAACAAUUUACAAUCACGUAAUAAAUGGAAUAGGCAUGUACCUAAUGUUGCAAUUAAUGAUUUAGUCCUAAUUAAAGAUGACAAUACGCCACCUCUACAAUGGCGUAGGGGUAGAGUAAUACAAAUAUUCAAAGGAUCCGACGAUGUUGUCAGAUCGGUAAAAUUAAAAA